GGGAAAGCCGUGACGUAACAAUAUGGUACCUCGACUAGCCAAUCACCUUCAAAUCACCGAGAUUGAUGAAGUAGGCGGGUGUUUUGGAGUGGUCGCCAUACGAAACGAAACCAAAUCCGUAUUAUGUGUCCCGAGGAUGAACGGCAGAGUCAGCCUCCUGGCUGCAGUUCCUCAGCCAGGUUUGGUGUGACACUGACUUGUGGAGACCUCGAAAGCUCUCAUGAAGCCCCCAAGACCAUCUGGACGAGCACUAGUGGCAACAGAACUCCACAGGUUGAGAUCCACUGUCCACGUAAUACUGGUGACAAUGACAAAGGAUUUGGAUCAUUCGUGAAGAGACUGAUGGAUGCCGAAGCUGCCAUCAUCUCUGCAGCCAUGCAGAUUGCGUCGUUCAAAGACAUCCUGAAAGAUUCACAACCAUCCGCAGUCAACAAACAGCGCAUGGUGAAGCAGAGAGGACUUUUGCUCCAGAAGAUGGAGGACUUUCGUCAAAUCAACCAGGUUGUGCGAAAAAGACUGAACCAGCUUCUGGAUGAGGAGGCUGAUCGCAUUGAUGCGAGCACCAAGAUUGAUGCUUUGCUGACUAAAAUCCUACAGAUUGAACGUGAAAAUCAGCUUCUAAAAGGUGACCUUGGUGUAACAGAAAAAAGGGCGGAGGAGCUGAUGUUUCUGCAGCAAAAGGAACAGGAGAACAUCAAAAGUGCUCUUAACAUAGCUAACAAUGCAGAAGGCACUCGCGCCCGUAUACAGGGGCAGCUUCGCAACAAGGAGGCGGAAAACAAUCGACUGACCGUGCAAGUGCGGACACUUGAGCGAUCCCUGACUCAACACAAGGCAGAGAUAGACGACCUGAAAGCGUCCCUGACGGCUCUGACCGAGCAGACCUCGCAGGAGAAGGAAGCCCUCAAAAAGGCCUCGCGUGUGCACAAGCAGAAAGCCGAGCGCUUCGAGGCCACCCUCGACAAAUGCUUGAGUCAGCUGCAGAAGAAGGAUGCCCAGCUGUCAACUCUCCAAGAAAAGAGUGAGACGUGGAAGCUGGAGAAAGAGCAGCUGACCGAGGACAAGCACAAACUAACUGCUCACGUGGAGUUACUGCAAAAGCAAGUCAUCGCCAUCCCAAUAAGAGUUCAGAAGGACAUGCAGAAGCAGACAGCAAUGGUGAAGGAAUGGGAAAGGGAAUUUAAGGAGAGGAUGAAGGAAAGGAAGGAGCAGGAGGAUAAGGAGGAGGACUGGGGAAAGGCAAAGGUGGAGAAGGAGAGAAGAGAGUUUGAAGACCGGGAGAAGGAGAGGGGGGAGUGGGAAACCCGGGAGAAGGAAGGGGUGAGGGAAAGGGCAGAGAGGGAGAAGGAAAGGUGGGAGUGGGAAGACCAGGAAAAGGAAUGGGUGAAGGAAAGGGCGAAGGGUGAGAAGAAGAGGAGAGAGUGGGAGAAGGAUUGUGAAGAGAGGCAGGAAAAGACAAGAAAACAAGAGAAGAGGGCAAUGGAGAAAGCGAGGGGGUGCAGCUCUGAAAGGGAGGAGCCGCAAGGAGAGAGAGUGGAGGAGACCGUGGAUAUCCCCGCGAGACAUGACGGUGUGGCGCAGCAGUUCCAAAGCUGUGAAGUGGAAAAGGAGAACGACACCGGCAGUUACGCUACGCUCAAGUUGGAGGAGCAACUUGCUGAAUGUGAGGCAGCCCUGGUCCAAGAGAAGAGUAUGUCGGGUGAAAAGGACCGCAUUGUUGAACAGUUUCAAAGCCAGGUUGCAGCACUUGAAGCAGAGUUGAACAAUGCGAGGCUUCAAAACAUAUCACAGGAUUGUCAGAGAAUGGAAGACAUAGAAUACUCAAAAGCUGACGAGGUGAGACAGCAGCUGCAGGUUCGCGUGGAAGAGCUGCAGCAUUUACCUAAAAUGCUGAAAGAGACCGAGAUGAAGCUGCUCGCUUGCCAGGAGAAGCUGCAAACCUCCGAGAGGAAGUGCUCAGAACAGGCAGAGGAUAUUAAGAAUCUGCAGAAUGAGCUGCAGACUCAAGUGAAUUUGGUGAAAUCCACUACAGAGCUGAGAGAGUCCAGUUCAAAACUGCAAGAACAAGUGGACACCCUACAAAAGACGCUGGAGGAGUUGCGCCAAGAAAAGCUGAAGCUGGAGCAGAAGCUGGAGACUCAAGAGCAGGCUCUUUGCCACAGCAACCAGCUGCUUGAGCAAAGCUCCACCCGAUGCACAGACCUCAAACGCCAGCUGGAGCAACGGAUGUCUGAAUGCCAAGCGAUCAACCAGCAGUUGGCACAAUGCUCAGGAGACUUGUUGAAUUUCAAAGAACAGGUAAAAAAUUUCAAAGAGCAAGUUUUGUCCAAAGACGAGGCCCUUCAGAUCACCGUUAAUGAGCUGAGGCUUCUCCGUCAGAACAAGUUGACGGCGGAGAAGAAAUUUGAGGCGCGUGUCAAAGAGCUGCAGUUCAGCCUGGACAAGUGCGAGAGCCAUAAGAAGAACAUGCAGAACUACGUGGACUUUCUCAAAAACUCUUACUUGAUGAUAUUUGAAGAUCAAAUAUCCACUUUUUGGUCUUCAACUUUUAUGAAAUGAUCUUUUCAGCAAGUGCUAUUUAUUGUUAUUACUUUUCGAGGAAGCAAAGUGUAAGUUUAAGUGGGAGUUUAAGAUCAGGGGAUGUUCGAGAAUAAUUGUCAAUUUUUUGUAUGUGAUUUAGGGCUGUAUAUAUAAACUUGACUAAAAAAAAUUAAUACACCGUAACAGUUCUCUCUCACCAUUUGAAGCUCAGUGUUCAGGUUCUCUCUUCUAGCAUGUUUUCCACAUGUUUGGUUAGUGAAGGUUUCUUGAGGUUGUCCGACAUCCUAUCACAUUAAAAAAAAAAACAAGCAUGAUCAUCAAA